AUGGUGUUCAAGGAGCUUGUUCAUCAGAUCCUUGAGAAGAUAAAAGCUGAGCCAUACUUCAAAUGGCCAAACAAAAUGGGAGGUGACCCCGCGAAGCGUAAGCAAGGUCUUUAUUUUCAGUAUCACCAAGAUCGUGGGCACACUACCAAGGAUUGUAGAACUUUUCGUGACUACUUAGAGCAAUUGGUCAAGGUGGGGAAGCUAAGACAGUUUAUGCAUCAGCCCUUUAGGUUGGGAAGUCAGGUUGUGUCGGCAUACCAGAGGGAGUCUGUCUCGAGACCAUCCCUAGGAACAAUUUGUGUUAUUCUUGCAACCCCAGGUUGGAUUAGGGGAUGCCCUUCUGGGGUUAUGUCCAUAGCAAGACCAAAUACCAAGGACUUGGUCCCUGAGUCUAAACGAAGGAGGUUGGAAGUUCGACCAACUUUGAGCUUUUUUGAUGAACACAAGGUUGGAACUUAUCAACGGCAUGAUGAUGCCCUAGUAGUAACCCUUCGAAUUGGAGGGUACAAUGUAAGAAGGGUCCUGGUAGACCAAGGCAGUGGGGCAAAAAUCAUGUAUCCCAACCUGUACAAUGGACUUAAUUUGAAACCCGAGGACUUAGUUAUGAUUCCCUUUUGGUGGGAUUUGAUGGGAAGAUGGUCAUCUUGA